CUGUCCCUCCCAAGCUGAAGAAACUGAAAAGCCCAAACGUUCACGUUGGUGAGAAGAUUUCACUGAAAUGUGAGGCGACUGCUGGGAACCCUCAGCCAUCCUACAAAUGGUUUAAAGAUGGCAAAGAGCUGAAGAAAAGCAAAGACAUCCGGAUCAAGUAUGGGAAUGGGAAAAAGAUUUCCAGACUGCAGUUCAACAAGGUGAAGCUGGAAGAUGCUGGGGAGUACAGCUGUGAAGCGGAGAACGUUUUAGGAAAAGACACCGAAAAAGGCAGCCUGAAUGUGAAAAGUGUAACCACAACUCUCUCCUCCUGGUCCGGGCAUGCUAGAAAAUGCAACGAAACAGCCAAGUCCUAUUGUGUUAAUGGUGGGGUAUGCUACUACAUCGAGGGGAUUAAUCAACUGUCUUGCAAGUGUCCGAUCGAAUUCACAGGAGACCGGUGUCAGCAUUUCGCAAUGGUCAGCUUCUCCAAGCAUCUUGGAUUUGAAUUAAAGGAAGCAGAAGAGCUUUACCAGAAGAGAGUUUUAACCAUCACGGGAAUCUGUGUUGCCUUGCUUGUGGUGGGCAUCGUCUGUGUGGUAGCUUAUUGUAAAACCAAGAAACAAAGAAAACAAAUGCAUAAUCAUUUACGUCAGAACAUGUGCCCUGCCCAUCAGAACAGGAGCCUUGCGAACGGGCCAAGCCAUCCUCGUUUGGAUCCCGAGGAAAUCCAAAUGGCUGAUUAUAUCUCCAAGAAUGUUUCUGCCACUGAGCAUGUGAUCCGAAGGGAAACAGAGACAACCUUUUCAGGAAGUCACUCCUGCUCCCCAUCUCAUCACUGCUCCACAGCCACUCCAACGUCCAGCCAGAGACAUGAAAGCCACACCUGGAGCUUGGAGCGGACAGAGAGUCUGACUUCAGAUUCCCAGUCUGGGAUAAUGCUGUCCUCAGUGGGAACCAGUAAAUGCAACAGCCCUGCGUGUGUGGAGGCACGGGCUCGCCGCGGGGCCACCUUCUGCAUCGAGGACUCACGGAGGCCCAUGACACAGUAUCGUGACUCGGUGGAUUCUCUGCGGGACUCACCACACAGCGAGAGGUACGUGUCAGCGCUGACCACACCAGCACGCCUGUCACCUGUCGACUUCCACUACUCAAUGGCCGCACAGGUGCCCACCUUCGAGAUCACGUCCCCCAACUCGGCACACGCUGUGUCCCUGCCGCCGGCGGCCCCCAUCAGCUUCCGCGUGGAGGAGCAGCAGCCCUUGCUGCGGCGGUACCAGCUCCCCUUCCAGGACACGCAGCGGUACGACAGCUACUACCAAAGGAAGACCUACCUAAACGACAGCAUGGGGAGCCUGCCCUCCAGCCCCUUCCGCAUCACGGAGGACGACGAGUACGAGACGACGCAGGAGUAUGUCACAGCGCUAGAGCAGAGCCAGCAGCAACAGGCGGUGGAAAAAAUCCAAACUGAACGGGCACAUCCCUCACAGAGCCAGAGCUGUCCGGGACUCCUUUUCCUUGAGCAGCGCCUCUUACAGUGAGUCUGACGAGGAGCUGGUGGCCGAGAGCACGCCGUUCCUAAGCACUCAGAACAAUGAGGUGGUGCACACAGGGUCGCCGCCGCUGCACCGGCCGGGAGACAGCCGGACUCACUACUCCUGCAGCAGGCACAGCGCGCCCGGGGAGAGCGGGCGCAGCAGCCUGGCGCACACGACGCCCAAAC